AUGUCAUUAUUUAACACUAAGUAGUUUUGGGGAACAAGAGUAGGUCCUGAAGAAUUUGAUGAAUAACAUCUUUUCGUAGACAAUUCAAUAAUUUAUGUUGGCUCAUAUUCAGGAAAUUUAAGAAUCUAUUAACCUUAAAGAGGUGAUUAUAAACCUACACAUCUAAAAUAAGAAAUCAAUUUGCAAGAUCCUAUAUUAUAAAUUCUAAUUGGAUAUUUUGGCAAUAAAUCUCUUUGUGUCUUAUUUCCUAAAAGAGUAGUAUUUUACACUUUAGAUAUGGAAAUACUAAAAGAACAUAAAUUAUAAAGAAAUGGAUUUAAUAUGUGUUCUGGUUAGUUUGGUUAAGGAAGAAAGGAUCUUAUAUGUAUACAAAGUUGUGAUGCUUGUCUAAUGAUUUAUGAAUAAGAAUAAUUACUGCAUAUUUGUUAAUUGAGUACAGAAUAUUUUCCAUUGCCUGGUCCUAUUAUUUAUUCAUAAUAAUUAGAUUCAUUUAUUUUAUAAAACAGUUGUUAUGAAUUGGAAUGUUAUAAAUAUGCAAAUUUAUGUACAUUAUAAAAGAAAAGAGCUUAGCCUAAUUGGACAUUGAAUUUAGGGGAAUAAGCAUAAAAAAUUAUUGAAAUUUCAUCAUAGAAUAUUUUCUAUGUUAUUUGUGAAUAGAUGUUAUUUCAAGUAUAAUAAAGUGGGAUUAUAUUUCAUUAAAAAAGAUUGGAUUAUCCUCCUGCUUCAAUUUUAGUAACUGAUAUUCAUACAUUGAUAAUAACAUCAUUUACUCAUCAUUUAAUGAUAUAUAAGGAUUUGAAUUUAGUGUGGGCAGCAAAAACUGAUCAUGUUUGUCAUGGUAUUUCUAUUGGAAAAUUUGAUGAUAUUGAUAAAUUAUUAGUUGUAUUGAAUGAUGAAGGAUAUCUCUAAGUAAUAUUUUUAGGUACAGAAUAAAUUUCUAUACAAAAACAAUUUUAAAUUGAAUAAUAACAUUCUUAUCAAUAAUUAAAUGAAUUAUAUACUGGAACUCUAUAAUAGAUCUAAUUAAAAGAGGGUAAUCCAGUAAUUGAAUAAAAUGAAAAAUCCUCAUUGUAGAUUAAUGCAGAAAUAAUCAAAUUAGCUCCAACUAGAGAUUAUAUUGAGGAUAAAGAAAAUUAUUUAUAAGUUGAAUCUUUAGUAAUUUAAUGUUUAGUUUAUUUAAACAUAACAUCUAAAUAAUUAAUAGAAAACUUAUAAGUUUAAUUAGUAUAUGAUGAAUCUAUCUUUAUCACCAAUCCAAGAUUCGAAAUCAAUGUUUUAUAAGGAACUAUCAUACAUGAAUUUAAUGUUUAUUCUACUAAGAAUUGUCCAAUUGAUAGAGUUGUAAAAGUACUUUGUAAUCAUAAAAAUGGAUGUUAUUAAACAGAAUUCACUUUACCACUUAGUUUGUUUUGCUAUAUGAUUUAACCUGAAAAAAUUGCUAAAUAUAGAAUAACAGUUAAUGUAAAUAAUUUAUCAAUUUAUAACACUUUUAAAGAUAUAAAACCUAUAGAUUCAUCUUUACUUAAUUAAAGUUUAAUGACAUUAUAAAUGACUAAUUCUACAGUUUCUAUUUUAGCAAAUAAAUAAAAUGAUAGAUGGAGACUUUAAAGUGAUAAUUUUGAAGCUAUUAGUUUUCUAUUACAUGAACUUGUUGUUAGAGAACGUGAAAAUGUAAAAUAUACUGAGGAUGUUCCUUUGAAAGAUAUAUUUGGUGUUAUUGAUGAGCAUUUCACAUUAAAAUUAUCAUUAAAAGAGUAUGAAAAAGAUUUAGAAUAAAAGGCUACUGAAUUUAGAGCUAUUUAAAAGAAAAUCUUAUAAAGAUUCAAAGAAAAUAAUCCAGCUUCAGUUGAAUCAAUGAAUUCAUUAUUGGAAUUAUGUUUUUAGUAAUUUAUAUAAUUAAUGGAUAACACAUAAAAAUGUUAGAAUAUUUUCAAAUAAUUAUAACAUAAUUUAUAAUGUAUGAUUCAUUUGAUGUUACUAUUGUGUUAUUUAAGAUUUAAAAUUACAUAAGAAUAACUAGAAGAGUUAAGACGACUAUUCUAUUGUGAUAAAGUAAUAAUUUAAUAUUAUUUAUUAUAAGGAUUGGGAAGAAGAAGUCUUUAUUAAUAUAAAUUAUUACUUAAAGGGAUAAAUUCCAGAUGUUGUACAUGAAAAUACUUAAAAAAUUAAAAAAAUCAUUACAAUGUUGAUUGAUAAAUUAUCUAAAUAAUGA